UAUUGAUCUGAUGGAUUCUGCUGAUCUGCCUCCAUCAUGUCUCACUGAUGAGGUUCUGAUGAUAAUCUUCAUCUCAGCUCUGGAGACUGAUGGUCCUGAUGAUGAUGAUGAUGAUGAUGAUGAUGUUCAUGUCUGGAGAUGAUCCCUCCUCAUAAACUCCGGCUCCGCGCUCCCGCUCGUGCGUCCGUGCGCGCCCCCGCGGGAGACGUCAUGAGCGUCUUACUACCCAACAUGGCGGACUUUGAUACCAUUUAUGAGUUGGAAGACGAAGAGGAUGAGCACGUAGUGAGCGAGGAGCACUUGCCCCGAUACUGCCCGGAGCCCGUGAUCAUGCGAGGUGCCGGCCACAUCACCGUGUUUGGACUGAGCAACAGAUUUGACACAGAAUUCCCUUCUAUUCUCACGGGAAAGGUAGCACCAGAGGAAUUCAAAACCAGCAUCAGCAGGGUGAACGCUUGUUUGAAGAAGAACUUGCCUGUGAAUGUGAAGUGGCUUCUUUGCGGCUGCCUGUGUUGUUGCUGUACAGUAGGCUGCAGUCUAUGGCCUGUAAUCUGCCUCAACAAGAGAACAAGACGUUCUAUUCAUAAGUUGUUAGAGUGGGAAAAUAACCGGCUAUACCACAAGCUGGGCCUGCACUGGAAACUCAGCAAAAGAAAAUGUGAAAGCAGUAAUAUGAUGGAAUACGUGAUUCUUAUAGAAUUCUUACCCAAAUAUCCUAUAUUCCGACCGGACUGAGGAGGCUGCUGAAGGACUGGACGUGUGGCCCUUGAAUCUUAUCCUUAGUGCCUUGUAUAUACAGUAUGUUGGAAUAAGGGUCUGCACCGGUGUCUCUCGUGACGACCCCGUACAUCUCCCAGUACCUUGUACAUUAGAAAUUUGCAACACUGUCACUUUGCUUUAGAGCAGAUUUUGCACAUUUUUUCCCGACAGAACUAGACAUGUCCCCUCUGUUGCACUCGGAUGUGUAUUUUUUUUUUGUUACAUGUGACAAACAAGUGAAACUCUCGAAAAAGUGCAUUUACCCCAAAGAACCGUCAGCCUGUAUCCCAUCUAUUAUAUCUGUAAUCCCUUGCAAAGAAUGUGAUGCCUCCACCUUCCUUAACUAUCCUUGCCUUAUGUAUGAUCUUUUUAAAAAGAGAAGAAAAAAAAAACUCUACAUGUAACAGGAAGAGGAAGGCAUUGGGUAAUUCAACAAGUCUGAAUAUUUAAAUGCUGUUUGUUGGGUUUCCGCUCUUUGAAAUUCUUUGCAAGUAGAUGGGAUGGUUGAAAUUGCCUAACGUACAGUGUACGUCACCACCCUGUGUUUUUUCUUUACAUUAACCCUCUGUACAUGGGAACUAGCUAGUAAAAGAACUUGACCUGUAAAUACCAUGUUAGGAUAAGCUGUACAGUGGUAUACCAUUGUUUACAUAAAGUUACUUAGCUCUUUAGUUGGUUUUGUUUUUGCCAAUAUAUUGCUGUACCAUAGUUUUGAUUAAUGAAAGAUGUUUAUGUACCUUUCUAGUUUAUAUGGACCUGUUUACCUUGUAAGCCAUAUAGUUACAAUGUACAUGAUGCCAGAGUUAGGACUGAUUAUUGCACUCGAGCCCAUUAGAAAGUCAGAUGAUAAAGAUUAAUCCAGCGCAUGUCACUGUGCGUUUUUUUUUGUUUUUUUUUGCCAAUAAUGAUGAUUCAUCAGCCGUUAAAAAUGGAGAUGGUUUCAUCUCUGAUGUGCAAGUUGGAAGAUAGUGAUUUGAACUCUGCUCUUCCACCCAUCUAUUAAUCAUUUUAACCCAACUUUGCAUUAAUUUUUGUUUUGUUUUGUUCUGUACUCCUCCCCGUGCUGUGUUUGGUCCUCCAGAUGUGUUUAGGAAGCACAUAUUUCAUGGCGUAUUGAUCAGAUGGUUUCUUCUUUUUGUCUAAGCCAUCCUGUCCAGUGUCCGUGUCAUUUUUCCUUAAUCUUAGUCAUGAGAUUGCUGCAUCGCAUUGUAUUAUUAGAGUGCCUCUGGAAUAGUCGGUGAACCACGAAAAAGUACAGGUUGAAAUCUGUUCUCUUGUACAAAGGAGAUUUUAAAUCCUCCUCCCAGUAUUGUCCCUGUUACAACUCUUGUAAAUGUUUGUCAUGAUGACCUAAUCCCUACGGAGAGAGAAAAUAAAUUGUUGAUUUUGAUUUUA